CCCCCCCCCCCCCGGCAGGAAUGGUCUGUUCCUCGCGCUCUAUUUAACCCGCGCCGCUGCCGCACCGCCGGCCCCAGCCCCGACACCGGCGGCGCGCUCGGUGCCACCGGAGGCUCCGCGCUGCGGCUCGGCUCGGGCACCGCCGCAGCGAUGCUGCCCCUCGGCCUCCUCCUGCUGCUGCUCCUCGCCUGCUGCGGGGCCGCCCGGGGAAACCUCUCCCGCGACGAGAGCCAGCCCACGACGUCGGAUGAGACCGUGGUGGCCGGCGGUACCGUGGUCCUCAAGUGCCAAGUGGAGGAUCCCGAUGACUCCUCGCUGCAAUGGUCCAACCCUGCCCAGCAGACCCUCUACUUUGGGGAGAAGCGAGCCCUGCGGGAUAACAGGAUCCAGCUGGAGAAAUCCACCCCCAACGAGCUGACCAUCAGCAUCAGCGAUGUGGUGCUGUCGGAUGAGGGGGAAUACACGUGCUCCCUCUUCACCAUGCCCGUGCGGACCGCCAAGGCCCUGGUCACCGUGCUGGGAGUGCCGCAGAAGCCGCAGAUCUUCGGGCACGAGCAGCCCAUCGACGAGGAGAAGCUGGCGCGCUUGACCUGCCGCUCGUCGGGCAGCAAGCCCGCGGCACAGCUCCGCUGGAGGAAGGGCAACAAGGAGCUCAAAGACGAGGGCACCGAGGUGGUGGAGGAUCCCAAUGGGAAGACCUUCACCGUGAGCAGCCGCGUGGAAUUCCGGGUCACCAAGGAGGACAACGAGGCCGAGGUGACCUGCACCGUGGACCACGAGUCGCUGCAGAACGCAGAGAGGUCCACCACGCAGAAGCUGCAGGUUCACUACAAGCCGACAGCGAAGAUCGAGCCGCAUCCGCAGUACCCGCGGGAGGGCGAGAAGCUGCAGCUGCAGUGCGAUGGGCAGGGCAACCCCAUCCCCCAGGAAUUCCUAUGGGAGAAGGAGGGCAGCGACGCUCCCCUGCAGCUGAGCUCCGACAGCGUCCUCAUCUUCCCCUUCCUGAACAAGAGCGACAGCGGCACCUACGUGUGCACGGCCACCAGCUCCAUGGGCAGCGUCGUGGCCAAGUACAACCUGGACGUCAGCGAUCUUCCCCAGCUCCCCACCCCACACGUUCACUCCACUCCGGGCCCUUCCCAGCCCAUCUCUCAUGCUUCCAUGGCCACCGCUUCAUCCUUCACUCCAGCUCCCAUCCAAGACGCCAGCCCCGUGCCCUCGACCUCCAGCACGUACCACGCGGUGAUCGGCGGCGUCGUGGCCGUCAUCGUCUUCCUCCUGCUCAGCCUCCUCAUCGUCCUGGGCCACUACCUGAUCAGACACAAAGGUAUGUGCAUAAGACACGGGGAGACGGUCACAUCCAGACACCGGCCAAAGCCAGCAGAGGCACAUACCUGACCCACGAGGCCAAGGGCUCGGAUGAUGCCCCGGAUGCCGACACCGCCAUCAUCAACGCGGAGGGCGGGCAGGCGGGCGGCGACGACAAGAAGGAAUACUUCAUCUAGGGCUGAGCGGGACCGAGCGAGCCACGGAGGCAGCGAUGGCGACGGAAACCAGAGCACGACCCUAACCCAUUGCACCCCCUGCACUUCCCCUGGCGCCCGGCACAGCCCCGGGCUGAGGGAUGCGGGACAGGGGAGCACAGGAGCCACCGGCCUGAGCCGCGCCGCUGAUGCUUGAACUUGGCCAACCCCUGGUUUCCAGGAGCGGCGGCUCCGGCCCCGCUCGCUUGCUUUGCGCCUCCAUCCCCGUGAGUGAGCGAUUUCCCCCUCCUUCCUUUGGACCUUUGCUUUGGUUUCGUGGCUGCUCUUUUGCUUUGGGCCCUCGGGUGGGAGCCUGGGCUGGGGUCGAUGUCGCUCUUUCCUUCGUUUCGUUCCGGUUUGGUUUCUUUUUGAGGUAUCCAAGGAUAAAAUCAGCCUCCGGGCUCAGGGCAGCCCCCGUUGUCACCAGCGCUCGCCCAUCUGGAGCCGGGAUCCCGGUGUUCCC